AAAAUAUUUAACCGUCUGGCAACUCUAAGUCCGGCAUUUACGGAAAAAGGCGCGCAUUAAAUUGUUUUGUUAAAUUGUUGUUAAAUUAUUGCAUGCUAAGAUAUAAUGGCGCUUUGGGUGGAUAAAUAUCGACCGCGGGAACUGUCCAAGCUUGAUUUCCACAAGGAACAAGCUGAGAACCUCCGGAAUCUCUGUAAACAAAGCGAUUUUCCGCAUCUCAUGUUUUACGGCCCCUCGGGGGCUGGAAAGAAAACCCGAAUUAUGUGCCUCCUACGCGAGAUGUACGGCUCCGGCGUGGAGCGCCUGAGGAGCGAGACCAUGACUUUUACCACGCCAUCCAAUCGGAAAAUCGAGGUGAUGACCGUAAGCAGCAAUUACCACCUAGAAGUGAAUCCCUCGGAUGCUGGCAUGUACGACCGGACGGUGGUGAUCGAUCUCAUCAAGCAGGUGGCUCAGACGCACCAGAUAGAGAUUAGUGGCCAGCGGGAGUUCAAGGUGAUCGUAAUUUCCGAGGGAGACGAACUUACAAAAGAUGCCCAGCAUGCCUUACGUCGCACCAUGGAGAAGUACGUGGCCACCUGCCGUAUAAUCAUCUCCGUCAAUUCCACAUCGCGUAUCAUUCCGGCCAUUCGAUCACGUUGCCUGGGCAUUCGGGUCGCUGCUCCGAACGAAACGGAGAUCGUGUCCAUCCUGCAGAGCACCUGCAAACGGGAGGGACUCACCCUGCCCGUGGAACUGGCCAAGCGAGUGGUAGACAAGUCGGAGCGUAACCUGCGACGGGCACUACUAAUGUUGGAGGCCGCCAAGGUAGCAAAAGCGCCGUUCACCGCCAACCAGGAGAUUCCUGACCUCGAUUGGCAGGUGUUUCUGCGAGAGACAGCAUCGCAGAUUAUCAGCGAGCAAACGCCCAAACAGCUUGAGAAGAUCCGGGAACGCCUGUACGAGUUGCUCACCCAGGGUGUACCGCCCAAUCUGAUAUUCCGCGGCUUGGUCGAGCAGCUGGUGAACAACUGUGAUAUGUCCAUCAAGGCGAAGACGCUCGAGUUUGCCACCGAGUAUGAGCAUCGGAUGCAGUCGGGUGCCAAGCAUAUCUUCCACCUAGAAGCGUUCGUCGCUCAGUUCAUGAACAUCUACAAAAAGUUACUUUCUGAAAUGGACAUGACCGAUGAUUUUUAAGCAGAUUAAGAUUUACACACAAUCAUUUAAUUCAAUAAACUUAUUAAAUAAACUGAAGAAAACAAACUAA